AGGAAGGAUCCAUCAGAAUUGGAGAAAGCAAAGAAGAAGAAGAAGCGGCAGAGCUCGGCGAUUUCUUCUCCAGAAACCGCCAGAUCUCUGACCUGCACCGAAGAAAGUGAUAGGAAUCGAUCAUAGAUCGCGAUGGGUAAGGGACCCUUGUCGCUUCGCCGUCUUACGAGCAUCCGCCACGGGAAGAAGGGUUCUGCGGUGAAAGAUGAAGCCCAGAUAUCGAUGCCUUCAUCUCCUCCGCCUUCUCUGCUGGCUAAUGCAAUCGGACCGGUUACGGGAGGUACGACGGUGAAGGCGAAGAAGAAAACCGGAGGAGCGAGGAUGUGGAUGAGGUAUGAUUGGAGUGGAGCUAUGGAGAUGGUGGAGUGCGACAAGAGCAUCAUCAUCAAACGUGCUUCCGUUCCCGCUAGGGAUUUGAGGAUUCUCGGCCCUGUUUUCUCUCACUCUUCCAACAUUCUCGCGAGGGAGAGAGCCAUUGUUGUCAAUUUAGAGGUCAUAAAGGCAAUAAUUACGGCAGAAGAAGUGCUGCUCUUGGAUCCUCACCGUCCUGAAGUUCUUCCUUUCGUUCACCGGCUAAAGCAACAGUUUCCUCAGAGGAAUACCCUGCAAGCUUCGGCAAAUGUACAAUCUUCUCUUGAUCCAGAAGCUGCAGAAGGCUUGCAGAGUGAGCUUCCUUUUGAAUUUCAAGUCCUGGAGAUGGCGCUCGAGCUUGUCUGCUCAAUCGUUGAUAGCAGUGUGGCAGCACUUGAGACAGACGCUUGGCCUGUCCUUGAUGAACUCACCAAGAACGUCAGCACCGAGAAUCUUGAAAUCGUACGAAGUUUGAAAAGUAAUCUCACCCGCUUGCUAGCCCGUGUGCAAAAGGUGAGAGAUGAACUCGAACAUUUGCUAGACGACAACGAAGACAUGGCAGACUUAUACCUGACAAGGAAAUGGAUACAGAACCAGCAAACCGAAGCUAUACUCGAGGGGACAGGAUCAAACAGCAUUGUCGUCCCACCGCAUCACACAUCAAACAGAAGCGCGAGUAUGGUGACGAGCAAUAUGGAUGAAGAUGACGUGGAGGAUCUGGAGAUGUUGCUGGAGGCAUACUUCAUGCAACUGGAGGGAAUGAGGAACAAGAUUCUUACGGUGAGGGAGUACAUUGACGACACGGAAGACUACGUGAACAUACAACUGGACAAUCAACGUAAUGAGCUGAUCCAGCUCCAGCUGAUACUGACCAUUGCCUCUUUUGCUAUAGCUGCAGAGACAUUGUUGGCCAGCUUGUUCGGAAUGAACAUACCAUGUCCGUUGUAUAACAUGCAUGGCAUCUUUGGCUACUUUGUGUGGAGUAUUACUGCGCUUUGCAUUGUGCUUUUCAUGGUCACCCUUGGUUACGCCCGGUGGAAGAAACUGCUCGGCUCAUAAACCCUCUCCAGCAGUUUUUUUUUUUUUUUUGGUUCGGAAAGUUGAGCUGAAAUGAAGAAUUAAAUUUUGUAUUCAUUUGCUCAAUUGUCAAGUAUCAAGUGCAAUUGGUUUAGCCAGU